AUAAAAAGCCGCAAAAGCUGAAGAAGCAAGAAAAUGGCAUCAAUUCUGAGGUCAGUGGCAACGACUUCAGCCGUCGUAGCCGCCGCUUCUGCGAUUCCCAUCGCGAUCGCUUUCUCCUCUCCUUCUUCUUCUUCUUCUUCCUCUACCAACCCCAAAUCUCAAUCUCUCAAUUUCUCCUUCCUCUCCCGAUCGUCUCCACGUGGCUUAGGACUUUCACGAAGCUUCGUUAGCUCUCCCAUGACGACUGCUCUCACUUCUGAUCGUAAUCUCCCUCAGGAGGAUCGAGUCAUGCCUCAGCUCCUUACUGAGUAUAUGGUGGAUAUGAAAUGUGAGGGUUGUGUUAAUGCUGUAAAGAACAAAUUAGAAACCAUUGAAGGGAUUGAAAACGUGGAGGUGGAUUUGUCCAACCAAGUUGUGAGGAUUCUUGGAUCUUCCCCUGUUAAGGCUAUGACCCAAGCUCUGGAGCAAACAGGUCGAAAAGCUCGGUUAAUUGGACAAGGUGUUCCUCAAGAUUUCUUAGUCUCAGCUGCAGUUGCGGAAUUCAAAGGCCCUGACAUUUUCGGGGUGGUCCGAUUUGCUCAGGUCAGUAUGGAACUUGCAAGAAUCGAAGCCAACUUUACUGGUUUGUCUCCCGGAACCCACAGCUGGACUAUUAAUGAGUAUGGAGAUCUCACAAAGGGAGCAGCCAGCACGGGGAACUUGUACAAUCCGUUUCAAGAUCAUACUGGCACAGAGGCAUUGGGAGACCUGGGAACACUAGAGGCAGACAAGAACGGGGAAGCCUUUUAUUCGGGAAAGAAAGAGAAGCUCAAGGUUGCGGAUCUUAUUGGGCGAGCUGUAGUGGUUUACAAGACCGAGGAUAAUAAGUCAGGCCCAGGAUUGACCGCAGCAGUGAUAGCUAGAAGCGCAGGAGUUGGAGAAAACUACAAAAAGCUUUGUACUUGUGAUGGCACUGUUAUAUGGGAAGCUACAAACAGCGAUUUCGUGACCAGUAAGGUUUAAUAUAACAAUCAACAAAUUGAUAAGACAGUGACGUUUUGUAGCAACAAUUGAACAUUUGUUUUGUAUCAAAACUUAGAUAUUUCAUGUUUGUAUCAAAACAACAGAACCUUUUUGUAUCGUACCAAA